UAAAGCGCGUACCGUCUUUCCUAAUUCGGGUUGCUUCCAUUUUCCAUUACCAAUUUCUCCGCCAUAUUGGGUGUGAGAAGCUAAGAAUCCGGCAAGAUGAAGAAGGAAGACACUGUGAAGCUCAUCAGCGCCGAGGGAUUCGAAUUUGUGGUCGACAAAGAAGCAGCUAUGGUUUCACAGACGAUACAUAACAUGCUCACCUCCCCGGGUAGUUUUGCUGAGAGGCAGCGCGGUGAAGUGACUUUCCCUGAGAUCAGCACCACCAUUCUCGAGAAGAUUUGCCAGUAUUUCUAUUGGCACCUGCAAUUUGCUAGUGGGAAGGAGACUGAGUUUCCUAUUGAACCCGAAUUAACUCUGGAGUUAAUGAUGGCUGCCAAUUACCUGAAUACUUGAGCAUUUUGAUUACACAGAUGGUAACAGUUCUUGUUGGGGUUGUAAGUCGUAUCUCCUUGGGAGUGUUACAUUUUCACUUGUAAUGCUAUUUGUGUACUAACCUGCUAUUUUUGGCUUUCAUUGGAUUCUUGUGCAGACAGAACUGUUCUAAGUAGUUAUGCAUCAUUGUUGCAGUUGGAAACUAUUUCUUUGUAGCAACUUAGUACAUAAGUAUUCUGUGUAAUCUGACCCAGUUAUCCCCGUAACUAUGAAUGAAUUGAAGGUUUCUCUGGCCAUUGUUGCCGUCAA